CGCUUUCAACCGACCGUCAAAGUUCCCAACACCCGAGGUUGUCACAUAGCCAGUGUCAUUCGCAACCUUAACAAUGGCAACAAGUAUCUCUGCGCCGUUGUGGAGAAAACUAUCAUACUGAUGGAGUGGUUUAACCCACGCAAGACCUUCGUGGAAGUCAAGCGGGUGGAGAGAGAGAUUGAGGUAUUUGCAGCGCCAGUUUAUUCUCACGGUAAUCUGACGGAGGUCACCGACCCUGCUCUGGAGUACACGGUGGACAUCGUGGAAACCGCUGGUCGAACUUAUAGCGGUCAGGGAUGGGCGAUCUACUAUAACCACAACACUAAAGAUAUUUCGUCUGGUGGAAGAAUGCAGUCAGAUGUGAGGAACGAUUUAUUGGGCAUCGACUUUUUUGACAAACGAGACGGUCCCUACCCGCCGGGGCAACAUUGCGAAGACAUCUCAGACCAGUCAGCUUUCCUGCCUUAG